CAAGAGAGAGGCCUGGGCAACAGCCCUACAGCUGAAGGAAAACCACAAGGAAGACUGGCUGAACCGUGUGGCUCGGUACACAACCGAGUGCGUGGCCUUCCUCCAGCGCCCCGGACUGUUGCCCAUGAACUUCCCUGAGCCACCUGAGCCUUCUGUGGUGCCAAGCUGCAAGUGGCUCCUGUCUGUGUACAGCCAGGACAUAUUGACAAGGCUGGAUGACAUCAAGGCCAAGCUGACAUCCAUGCUUGGCACCAUCUUAAAGAUGGAUUCAACCAAGAAGAUCACUAAGAAGCUUGCCGGGACAGCCAAGGGGACAGCACUCUGGCUCACCUCCGUGGGCAAUGAGUAUGGGCAGAUACUCAUGAGUGUGCUGACCGCUCAGGAGGGAGCUGGACUGGACCCGAUGGCAGCUGACCUGGUGAGGAGGUACCAGCGGGCCGGCAUGGAUCCCCCUGUUGCCCUUUACGUGGACUGUGGCUGUUGUGCUGCUGCGGCUGAGGAGACCAAGCUGAAGGCCAGAUUCAGCGGGUGGCCAGACCUCAUCGUAAGGCUGGAUAUCUGGCACUUCAUGCGCCGGCUGGCCCUGGGAUGCACAACAGAUGCACAUCAGCUGUACCCACUCUUUAUGUCUCGCCUGUCAGCUUGCAUUUUUGAGUGGGAUGCAGCUGACUUAGCUCUGUUGCGUGAAGCAAAAUCCCAGCAGCUUCAGUCCCAGGGCCUUGAUGUUGACCGCCAUUUGUCGAGGGAGGAAUUGGCUCUCCAUUGCCGGCGGAGGACCCGUGGGGAGGACACCACUAUUGAGCUGCAUUGAGCUGAAGUGCAUCCAAGACCCGCCAGGUGUAGCUCUGUACACAAGAACAGGGGAGCUGACCAAGGGAGGUGUGCGGCUACUUAUGUUCCGGUGUGCCAGAGGCUCUACGUCCUUGGAGUCUUUCCAUUUACACCUCAACAGAUUCAUACCAGGGACUACUGCCAAUAGCCUAAACUUCCAAGUUUAACUGCUGGAAGGGCUACACAGGUGGAACCAGGACAGUGGUGGUGCUGUCCUGUGUACAGGACCAUCUGCUCUGCGCAGUUACUCAGGGGACUUGCUUACCUGCAUUAACAGUAACUAUGAGAGGCUGUUCGGCAGGAAAGUGGCACCAGAGUUCUGCCCACCAUUACGUUACACUGGUGAGCUCAUAGGGGUGCAGUAUCUGUUCCGGCAGACUGGUCAGGCACUGCAGAAUAUGCACCCUGAUUCAGAGGUGACAGCUCAGCUCAUUGAAGAGCAUGAUGUGGAGGAUGACGUGGGGGAAGAUGAGGGCUUCUCUGACCUCAUAGACGACCCCACACUGCUGGACAUAGAAGCUCCUGAUACACCAACCCUGGCUCCUGUCACUGCCACCCUGGCCCCUGGCAGAACCACCCUGGCUCCUGGAUUCUGCUCCCUGGCCCCAGCCACUGCCACCCUGGCCCCUGGCAGAACCACUCUGGCCCCUGGCACCUCCUCUCCGCCUUCAAGUUCAUUGACUGAGGCUGAAGAUGAAACUAUGGCUGUCGAUGACCAGAAUGUGCCUGGACACCAGCAUGUAGACCGGCUUGCUGAGUACUUGGUGGAGCUAUGUGGUCAGACCUCACUCUGCCUCAGCAACCAGCAGGUGGACACAAUUGUACACCUGUGGGAGAGCCUGAACGAAGGAGACAAGAAGCGGGUGGUUUAUGCUGCAUGACACCAAGACAGUGGUCGCUUUAGAACACCAAAGAAGCCCUCAAAAACUCCUGGUGUGGAGAGCACCACUCGCUGCCUGCUAAGUGCAAGUACUGCAC